ACCGUAUCUUCCUUCCUGGGACAACUGUGGAGGCGAAUGCGGUUCGUGUUUCAUUGACUAAAGGUGCACCAGGCGACGCGGCGUACCUGUUUGACACACCUGGGCUUCUUCCCCACUGGCAUCAUUCUUCUCCUCUGACGUUGCUACAGAUGCGUCGCACACUUAUUCGGAAGUAUCGGAAUCCACAAUGCUUUAUCCUAAUGCCUGGAAACACUCUUUUUCUUAGCGGUUUGGCUGCCAUUGAUGUUGUAAAGGGAACAUCGCGCGGGAUGCUGUUUAUGGUGUAUACCUCUCAGAAGGUUUGCAACGCAAUCAUAGCUACUGAGCGAUCUGACGAAUUUUGGCAGGACCAACUUGGAAAGGCAUUGGAUCCGCCUGGUUCAUUGGAGCAACUUGGUGAUCUUCGGUUAACUGAGUCGAAAUGUUAUCUUUUUGAGUGCUACCCUCGACAUCGUCGCCGUCCAAAGGCGGACGUGUACGUCUGUGGUAUUGGCUGGACCUCAUUUUGUGUGAAUGAAACAUGCGAUGUGGUGUUGCGUGUGCGCACACUGCCUGGCGUCAUCCAUGGCGUGCGUGAGCCCCUUCGCUACAAGGACCUAUUGGCAUUUCGCGGUUGGCCCAAGUUGAGGCGCCGCUUUACUGCUGCCGGUCUUCCCAGCGACGAGGGCGACUGGGACGAUUCCAUCGCCACCGUUGUUCGUCUCACGGCCGGCGGACCCGGUACUCAGACAACUGUGACGGGCGCCGAAGAGGACGGGGAGGAGGCAUCGGCGGCGAAGUUGGUGCGCAAGGCGAUACUUCCGCGACGUGUUUCGGCGUCAUCGACCGCGUUUGACGUCAUGCUGGCGGAUCUCACGUUGAACGGGAGUGUCACACAUACGAGGGGGGCGGACUCGGGUGAGUAA